GUCGUUGACUACGGAACCACAAACGUUAUCAAUUCGCAACGAUAGAUAUGAGAGUUAUAAAACAAUGAAACACUAAUACUACCAAUGACAUAAAUAAAAUAUGACAUCUAUGGAUUCUCAAUUUUUAAUAAGAAUACAAAUAUAUUUUUAUCGUAUUUUCCAGUUACUUGAUAUAGACACUGUUAAGAUAUAAAUAAUGAAUGCUAUAUGAAUUUAGUUCAUUAUCGUUGAAUCCUUAAUAAUAUGCGUAUCAUCCUAUUCAUAGCCCUUUGUGUCGCGACUGUGGCAGCUGCCCCCAGGACUACACACCAAAGGAUUGUUGGCGGCGACGUCACAACAAUAGACCAGUACCCCAGCAUUGUAGCCCUUCUCUUUGUAUACGAAUGGGUAAUAUACGCACAAGAAUGUGCUGGCGCCAUUCUAAACAGCCGAUCUGUGCUCACCGCAGCACAUUGCACUUAUUUUGAUGCAGUAAGCAAAUGGCGUGUCCGUGCAGGUUCUACCUUUGCUAACGCUGAUGGUAUGAUCCACCGAGUUAGUGGAAACAUUAUACAUCCAUUAUACGCUGUAGAACCGACUAUGGAUCAUGAUAUCGCUGUCCUUCGGGUUGAUACUUCCUUUGAAUUCAAUGAGUUCACUCAGCCAGCUCACAUCGCUGGCCCUAACUAUAGAGUUCCUGACUACGAUGACCUCUGGGCCGCUGGAUGGGGUACAACUUACUAUGGUGCCCCCACAGGCUCAGCACAGCUACGUCACGUCCAGGUGCUGAAGAUAAACUUGGAUAGGUGCAAACAACAAUAUGGUGUGGUUCAUAUGGUUAUUACUGACUCCAUGCUGUGCUCCGGCUGGCUCACCGGUGGUCGCGACCAAUGCCAGGGUGACUCUGGAGGCCCGAUCUACCACAAUGGAGUGGUUGUUGGUGUCUGUUCUUUUGGUAUCGAAUGUGGCCGCGCUGAUUUUCCUGGCGUCAACACUCGUGUGGCUAACUACACUGAUUGGGUCGUGGAUAACGCGUAAAUGAUAAAUAAAACAAACAUAAACCUGUACCGUUUUUAUAUUGACAAAACCUAAAUUUUGAAUAAAGUGCUUUUGACACCAUCCCGAGUAGGCCUAUGUUAAUAUAGGUAAUAGAUUAUUUAAAAAUAAACAAGGACCGUCAAAAUUAUUAAAUAAAUUUUUAACAUCAA